GGGUGGAGGCAUGUCUGGCGAGGCAGACAACACCAGACACUGCAAAUCAGCCCAACAUAUCAACAGAUACUCUAAUUUCCGAUGACGGCAGUUGCCUAGCAACAACGGCAGGCACGGAAUCGUUCAGCAAGGAGUUGAAAUCUCAUUCAAACCAGUUAACCUUUGACCUGUAUAACGUCACCAUCGAUUGCUCCUAUCUGAUCCAGGCAAAUGAACCUUAUACCAGGGUCAUGGUCGACUUCAGAUGGUUUGAUGUCAGUAGAAGGUAUGACUCUCCAAAUGACGACUGCGACCAUGCCAGUGUGGAGUUUUUCGAUGGCCACAGCACAUCUUCCAGCCAGCUAGGUAACACACUCUGUGGUACAGACAGACCUAGCUUGAUCCUUUCAUCGGGGAGCAGCCUAACGAUGAGGCUCCAAGCAUCGGGAGACUUCAGCGUCAUGGACUUCAGGGCCAUCUACACUGUCUUUUCAGACGACACUUCGUGUUCAUCAUUCACGUGUACGACGACGAGUCGGUGUAUCGACUCGACGGUGACUUGUGAUAACCAGGGUUAUGGUAAUUGUGGUGAGGAGGACUUCAGCGACCAGGAGGAUGCCGACUGCCCGGUGGUCUACACUACCCCCGACCUUCGCCCUCUUCUCUACGCGGCGCUCGUCCUGCUUCUCCCCUUCCUCUUCCUUCUCUACUUCUGUUGUUGGAGACCCGGAUACAUGGUGUGGGCUUGCGGUUGCUGGCGACGCCAAAGCUGCCGCGACUGUGGGUGUUGCUGUCCCGUUCAAAGUCGAGGGCUAUGCCGUCGAAUCUGUACCUGUGAUCGUCGAGCGACGAAGUCGAACUCGGUCGGGAAUCUCAGAGAAGAUGGAAGAAUGCGCAGAGAGAAAGCGCUGUAG